AUGCCUGCCGUCCACCCCCCCAUCGCCCACAUCGCCCAACCAGUGGCCGUCCACCCCCCCAUCGCCCACAUCGCCCAACCAGUGGCCGUCCACCCCCCCAUUGCCCACAUCGCCCAACCAGUGGCCGCCCACCCCCCCAUUGCCCACAUCGCCCAACCAGUGGCCGUCCACCCCCCCAUUGCCCACAUCGCCCAACCAGUGGUCGCCCACCCCCCCAUUGCCCACAUCGCCCAACCAGUGGCCGUCCACCCCCCCAUUGCCCACAUCGCCCAACCAGUGGCCGUCCACCCCCCCAUUGCCCACAUCGCCCAACCAGUGGCCGUCCACCCCCCCAUCGCCCACAUCGCCCAACCAGUGGCCGUCCACCCCCCCAUCGCCCACAUCGCCCAACCAGUGGCCGUCCACCCCCCCAUCGCCCACAUCGCCCAACCAGUGGCCGUCCACCCCCCCAUCGCCCACAUCGCCCAACCAGUGGCCGCCCACCCCCCCAUCGCCCAACCAGUGGCCGCCCACCCCCCCAUCCACCUGCAAGUGACCGAACUCCCCCCCACCGCCCACACCAACACCACCCUCAACCCGGCGGCCGCCGCCAUCGGCGGCUUCGUCAAAGGCAUUAUGGACAAGAUCCCCUUGCCCCUGUGGGCGAUCUACACCAUCUCCGUGGUCGGCGCUCUGCUGAUUCUGCUCUGCUGCAUUUGUAUCUGCAAGAAGUGCUGCUGCCGAGGGAAGAAGAAGAAGAAGAACCAGAACAUCAACCAGAACGGCCUGAACGGGAAAACCAGCACGGCUCUGGUUCAGCCCGACGUGGCGGAUGCCGGCUACGGCUCGACCAAACAGAGAGGAAAGCUGCUCUACUCGCUGGACUACAACGCCGCUGAGUCUGUGCUCUCGGUGGGGAUUAAAGAAGCCGACAGCCUGAUGGCCAUGGACCUGGGAGGAAGCUCCGACCCGUACGUGAAGGUCUACACCUGCCCGGACAAAUCCAAAACCUUUGAGACCAAAGUAUUCAGAAACACGCUGAACCCCGCCUUCAACGAGCGGUUCAGCUUCCAGAUAUCAAAGUCGUCGCUGCUGAGGUCGACGGUGGUGAUGCAGAUCUUUGACUUCAACAGGUUCUCCAAGCACCACAUCAUCGGGGAGCUCCGGGUUCCACUCAGCAGCGUGGACUGGAGCCACGUCAUCGAGGAGUGGCAGAACCUCGCCGAGCCCAACAUGUUCCAGGAGGAACAUCUCGGUGAGAUCUGCUUCUCUCUGCGUUUCGUUCCCACGGCCUCCAAACUGACUGUCGUGGUGUUGGAGGCCAAGAACCUGAAGACCAUGGACAUCGGAGGAUCCUCAGACCCCUACGUGAAGGUGCAGCUGGCUCUGGACAAGAGGAAGUGGAGGAAGAGGAAGACCUCGGUCAAGAAGAAGACGCUGAACCCUUAUUACAACGAGUCCUUCACCUUCGACGUGACCUUCGACCAGAUCCAGAGGGUGAACCUGGUGCUGUCCGUGUGGGACCAGGACACCGUGAGCCGGAACGACGCCAUGGGGAAGAUCUUCCUGGGCGGCGACGCCUCGGGGAACCAGCUGCGGCACUGGGCCGACAUGCUGUCCAGCCCGCGGCGGCCGGUGGCUCAGUGGCACCACCUGCUGUCCGCCGAGCAGGUCAACAGCACGCUGGUCCUGAAGCGGAGGAUCCCACUGCGCAGCCGCAUGCCCUUCUGAGGGCCCGUGACGUCAGCGCAUGUUUUAGAUAUAUAUUUUAUAUUAUAUUUCAAUCAAUCAGGUUGGAAGUAUUAUUGAUUUGUUGUUGCACUUGUUGUAUGAAUUUUGAUUGUGUUGUAAAGUUGUCUGAUCAAUAUUAUGUCACAUCCACGCGUUUAACAUCUUAACGUCUUAUUUGUGUAGAAUGUUAUUGUUCUAUUCUUUUGGCGAGCCACAACUUGAAUAUUAGAAAACAGAUUUCUUUGAUGGUAUUUUAAAUUUGAGAUGUUCAGCCUUGAAAAACACAAAACACAUUUUAUUAUCAAAUGAAAUAAUAAUCUAAAGUUUAAGUUUUAUUCCCAUUUACAGCUCACCUGAAAUGUUUGUGAGUAAAAAACAACGAAGUCUCACGUGCACUGAAGUGUUCUCACGUGCACUCUCACGUGCACUGAAGUGUUCUCACGUGGACAAAAGAAAACACAAAAUUACAAAAUGAAAAGAAAAGAAAAGUAAGAAAAAAGUACAUCAAAUAAAUGUGUAAUAUAAAGACAGAUAACGAAAUAUAA